CAUGGCUCGACAGGCUGCUACUGUCUCCGGCGUGUGGAAGAAGGACUCGGUCAAGGACGUCGCAGAGUCGCUCGGCAUCGCCAACCUCCCAGACGACGUCGCACAAGCACUCGCAGGCGACGUCGAGUACCGCCUGUGGGAAAUCAUAGAGGAGUCGAUCAAGUUCAUGCGCCACUCGCGCCGCACCCGCUUGAAAGUCGACGACGUCGACGAGGCCCUCAAGGUCCGCAACCUCGAGCCCCUGUGGGGGUUCGCCGCCUCGUCGCACCAGCCCUUCAAGAAGACCGUCACCGCGACCGGCACCGUCUACCACGUCGACGACGACGAGAUCGACCUCAGCCGCGUCAUCAAGACCGACGUGCCGCCCGUCCCGCGCGACAUCAGCUUCACCGGCAAGCCCCUCGAACUCGCUCUCUCGCUCUCGAUGCGCACGACACAUUGGCUCGCGAUCGAGGGUGUGCAGCCCUUCAUCAAGGAGAACCCGACCCCGCAAGAGCUCGCCAAGUACGCGCCAAAAGCGGCCACGACAUCCCUCAUCCCGACCGCAUCGACCUCGUCCGGCGGUCCCGCGUCGGCCGUCACCCCGCUCGUCAAGCACGUCCUCUCGCGCGAGCUGCAGCUGUACUUUACCCGGCUCGUCGACGCGCUCGGAUCCGACUCGGCGGCGUCCUCCGAAGUGAGGGAGGCGGCGCUCGGGAGCGUGCGCAACGACCCGGGCCUGCACCAGCUCGUGCCGUACUUGAUCUCGUGGGGCGGCGAGCAGAUCGCCAACCACCUGCACGACCUGCCGGCGCUGCAGCGCGCGCUCGACCUCUUCCACGCCAUGCUCGAGAACCCGACCCUCUUUGUCGAGCCGUACCUCCACCAGCUCACUCCCCCAAUCCUCACCUGCCUCCUCACGAGCGCGCUCCCGCCCGUCCCGAGCGGCACGUACCCGUCCCCACCGACGAUCCGCACCCUCGCCGCCUCGCUCCUCCACCUCGUCCUCGAGCGUCACGCGUACGCCUACCCGUCGCUCCUCCCGCGCGUCACCAAGACGCUCCUGCGCGGCCUCGCCGGCGACGCGCGCGGGCUCGGCGGCCGCUGGGGCGCCGCGAGGGGCCUCGGCGGCGUCGUCGUUGGCGUCGGCGCCGAGCCGGCGCAGCAGCAGCAUGGGGCGGGUGGUUCGGGCGCAAUGGGCGGCGCCGGCGGGAACAAGGCGGUGAGGGAGUGGAUCGGCGGCGGGCUCAAGGCGCUCGGCGAGAUGAUCGAGGGCGAGGAGGAGACGUACGACGGCGAGAGGGGCGAGCUCGUGCGCGAGGUCUUCAACGUCCUCCGCGCCUCUCUCCUUCCGCAACCGCCCUCGUCCUCCACCGCCGCCUCCUCUCCCGCACCCUCACUCGACACCCUCGCCUCGCAGCACGGCGCCCUCUUUGCGUCCUACAUCCGCGACCAGUGGAGCACGGGCGGCGGGCGCGAGGUGCACGAGGCGGUGACGGGGAUCCAGGCUGCGCCCGAGGCCGAGGACGACGUCGAGGCGGACGAGGACGAUGAGGGAGAUGCUGAGGGCGACGACGACGACGACGACGACGAGCGGAGCGCGAUGGAGGAGUGAGUCGCCGCUUCGAAGGAGCGAGCGCACUGCAACGACGUCUCUCUCGCUCGCG